AUGCUCGGAAAGCUCGGAAAAGCUAGCCAGGUAGCCUUAUUCGCUUUGCUGUUGACUGUGGCUCAAUGCAAUGGUGGUGAGGGAUAUGCGUUGGCCCCUUCAGCUCCCCUUCCACCACCACCAUCCUCUUCGGGAGUGAUCGGUUCUAUCGGUUCUAUCGAUUCUUCAGCUCUUCCACCACCUCCUUGUGGUGGAUCCCCUCCACUAGCCCCAUUACCGCCUCUGGCUCCUCCUCCACCAAGUGGCUCCUCUUCUUCCUAUGCCUCUUCUCCACUUCGUCGUCGUCUCGUUCGUGUCUUCAGACAUCGCGCAGCUGCUCGACGUGUCAUCCGUAGAAGAAUCGUUCGCCGAUAU